AUGCAGCACUGGGCCCGGCGCCUGGAGCAAGAGAUCGAUGGCGUGAUGCGGAUUUUUGGGGGCGUCCAGCAGCUCCGUGAGAUCUACAAGGACAACCGGAAUCUGUUUGAGGUGCAGGAGAACGAGCCUCAGAAGUUGGUGGAGAAGGUGGCAGGAGACAUCGAGAGCCUGCUGGACAGGAAGGUGCAGGCCCUGAAGAGAUUGGCCGACGCUGCAGAGAACUUCCAGAAAGCCCACCGCUGGCAGGACAACAUCAAGGAGGAAGACAUCCUGUACUAUGACGCCAAGGCUGAUGCUGAGCUGGACGACCCUGAGAGUGAGGAUGUGGAGAGGGGGUCCAAGGCCAGCACCCUAAGGCUGGACUUCGUUGAGGACUCAAACUUCAAGAACAAGGUCAACUACUCGUACACGGCCGUGCAGAUCCCCACGGACAUCUACAAAGGCUCCACUGUCAUCCUUAAUGAACUCAACUGGACAGAGGCCCUGGAGAAUGUGUUUAUCGAGAACCGCAGGCAGGACCCCACACUGCUGUGGCAGGUCUUUGGCAGUGCCACAGGAGUCACUCGCUACUAUCCAGCCACCCCAUGGCGAGCCCCUAAGAAAAUCGACCUGUACGAUGUCCGAAGGAGACCCUGGUAUAUCCAGGGGGCCUCGUCGCCCAAGGACAUGGUCAUCAUCGUGGAUGUGAGCGGCAGCGUGAGUGGCCUGACCCUGAAGCUGAUGAAGACGUCCGUCUGUGAGAUGCUGGACACGCUCUCUGAUGAUGACUAUGUGAACGUGGCCUCGUUCAAUGAAAAGGCACAGCCUGUGUCAUGCUUCACACACCUGGUGCAGGCCAAUGUGCGUAACAAGAAGGUGUUCAAGGAAGCUGUGCAGGGCAUGGUGGCCAAGGGCACCACAGGCUACAAGGCCGGCUUUGAGUAUGCCUUCGACCAGCUGCAGAACUCCAACAUCACUCGUGCCAACUGCAAUAAGAUGAUCAUGAUGUUCACGGAUGGUGGUGAGGACCGCGUGCAGGAUGUCUUUGAGAAAUACAAUUGGCCCAACCGGACGGUGCGUGUGUUCACUUUCUCCGUGGGGCAACACAACUACGACGUCACACCCCUGCAGUGGAUGGCCUGCGCCAACAAAGGUUACUAUUUUGAGAUCCCUUCCAUUGGAGCCAUCCGCAUUAACACACAGGAAUAUCUGGAUGUAUUGGGCAGGCCCAUGGUACUGGCAGGCAAGGAGGCCAAGCAGGUGCAGUGGACCAACGUGUAUGAGGAUGCACUGGGGCUGGGGUUAGUGGUGACAGGGACCCUCCCUGUUUUCAACCUGACACAGGAUGGCCCUGGGGAAAAGAAGAACCAGCUGAUCCUGGGUGUGAUGGGCAUUGAUGUGGCUCUGAAUGACAUCAAGAGGCUCACUCCAAACUACACGCUUGGAGCUAACGGCUAUGUGUUUGCCAUUGACCUGAACGGCUACGUGUUGCUGCACCCCAACCUCAAGCCCCAGACCACCAACUUCCGGGAGCCUGUGACUCUGGACUUCCUGGAUGCUGAGCUGGAGGAUGAGAACAAAGAGGAGAUCCGUCGGAGCAUGAUCGAUGGCAACAAGGGCCACAAGCAAAUCAGAACGCUGGUCAAGUCCCUGGAUGAGAGGUACGUAGACGAGGUGAUGCGGAACUACACCUGGGUACCUAUAAGGAGCACCAACUACAGCCUAGGGCUUGUGCUCCCGCCCUACAGCACCUUCUACCUCCAAGCCAACCUCAGUGACCAGAUCCUGCAGGUCAAGUAUUUUGAGUUCCUGCUCCCCAGCAGCUUUGAGUCUGAAGGACAUGUUUUCAUUGCUCCCAGAGAGUAUUGCAAGGACCUGAAUGCCUCAGACAACAACACCGAGUUCCUGAAAAACUUCAUUGAGCUCAUGGAGAAAGUGACUCCAGACUCCAAGCAGUGCAACAACUUCCUUCUGCACAACCUGAUCUUGGACACAGGCAUCACACAGCAGCUGGUGGAGCGUGUGUGGCGGGACCAGGAUCUCAACACGUACAGCCUUCUGGCCGUGUUCGCUGCCACUGAUGGUGGCAUCACUCGCGUAUUCCCCAACAAAGCAGCAGAUGACUGGACGGAGAAUCCAGAGCCCUUCAAUGCCAGCUUCUACCGUCGUAGCCUGGACAACCAUGGCUAUGUCUUCAAGCCCCCGCACCAGGACGCCCUGUUAAGGCCACUGGAGCUGGAGAAUGACACAGUGGGCAUCCUCGUCAGCACAGCUGUGGAGCUCAGCCUGGGUGGACACACACUGAGGCCAGCAGUGGUAGGUGUUAAGCUGGACCUAGAGGCCUGGGCCGAGAAGUUCAAGGUGCUAGCCAGCAACCGUACCCACCAGGACCAGCCUCAGAAGCAGUGUGGUCCCAGCAGCCACUGUGAGAUGGACUGCGAGGUUAACAAUGAGGACCUGCUCUGUGUCCUCAUUGAUGAUGGGGGAUUCCUGGUGCUGUCAAACCAGAAUCAUCAGUGGGACCAGGUGGGCAGGUUCUUCAGUGAGGUGGAUGCCAACCUGAUGCUGGCACUCUACAAUAACUCCUUCUACACCCGCAAAGAGUCCUACGACUAUCAGGCAGCCUGCGCCCCCCAACCCCCAGGCAACCUGGGUGCUGCACCCCGGGGGGUCUUUGUGCCCACUAUUGCAGACUUCCUUAACUUGGCCUGGUGGACCUCUGCUGCAGCCUGGUCCUUGUUCCAGCAGCUUCUCUAUGGCCUCAUUUAUCACAGCUGGUUUCAGGCAGACCCCGCGGAGGCUGAGGGGAACCCCGAAGCGCGAGAGAGCAGCUGCGUCAUGAAACAGACCCAGUACUACUUCGGGUCGGUGAACGCCUCCUACAACGCCAUCAUCGACUGCGGAAACUGCUCCAGGCUGUUCCACGCGCAAAGACUGACCAACACCAACCUUCUCUUCGUGGUGGCCGAGAAGCCUCUGUGCAGCCAGUGUGAGGGUGGCCGGCUUCUGCAGAAAGAGACACACUCGGACGGCCCGGAGCAGUGUGAACUGGUGCAGAGACCGCGAUACCGGAGAGGCCCGCAUAUCUGCUUUGACUACAACGCGACGGAAGAUACCUCAGACUGCGGCCGCGGAGCUUCCUUCCCGCCGUCGCUGGGCGUCCUGGUCUCCCUGCAGCUGCUGCUCCUCCUGGGCUUGCCUCCUCGGCCGCAGCCCCAAGUCCACGCCCACGCCUCGCGCCGCGUCUGAGCGCCCGCUCCUGCCCCUCCCCAGGCCUCCCCGCCUCUCCCCUGCCCCCCCCCACACCCCGCCUUAGAGCCUCACUUCCUCCCUCACCGAAGGACCUGAGUAGCCAGGCCCAAGUCUGAGCCUUGGAAGGGGGGGGGGGGGGGGGGGGGGUCCCAAAGGAGGGUGCCGCAGGUCUUUGGCCCCCAAGCCACAUCUCGCCGCCGCCGAACUGUCAAAGUGACCCCAGACCCUUUAUUCCCACUGGACUCACCCGCCCCUGAGGGCUGGGACAGGGAAGCCACAGUACUGGUGCCAAACCAGGCCUCCACUGCCCACCCUGCCCCAAGGCUCCCUUUGUGUGGGAGACCUAGGCCCUGCCCCAGGUGGACUUCUCUAACCUGGCCCUUAUGUCCCACCCAGGACCAAAUCUGGAUUCCCUGGGAAUAAUGAAGUUGAGAUGGGCAGUUUGAGGCUUGUGCAUCCCAUCUUAAGUCCUGGCAGGAGGGAGGUCCUGAGGCAGCCCCUCAAUGGCUCCUGCCCCUAUCAGGCCUACAGCCACCUCCCACCUUCUUCCAGCCCUGCAGGUGACAGGCCAGUGACAGUGACACUGGCUCAGACACAACCCCAUAAACACCUGGAGCCCUGAGGGCAGAAACUGGAUUCACAUUAGACUUACCUAGGAGGACGAACACACAUACACAGACACACACACACACACACACACACACACACACA